AUGUACCGGCGCGACCAGCCGGCCCGCCAGCGAGUUGGGCUGGCGCGCGCCCUGCUGAAAUACGACAUCCCGUUGGUCGUCAUCAGCGACUGCGACGGCGUCUGGCUCGGGGACGGGCUGGCCUACGCGCAGCGCGCGCACGCGGCGGCAGACGUGCUGGUGGCGGGGGCGCACCUGGCGCCGGGGGCGGCCGCCAACGACAGCGGGCUGGAGCCGCCGUCGGGGCGGCUGGUCGGGGCGCUGGACACGGGCCUCCUGAUCCUCCGCAACAACCCCCGCACCCACGCCUUCGUCGACGCGUGGGGCUCCGCCGCCGAGGCCGGCGCCGGCGAGCCGGACGCGCACGCGUUCCAGGAGCUGGCGCUGUCAGGCUGGACGCCCCCCACGCCGCCCCCGCCCCCGCGGCCCCGCGUGCCGCGGCACCCAGGCGGCUCGGGCACAGAGGCGCAGGCGGGCGGGGAGGAGGACGCGGAGGACCUUGAAAUGGAUCUGGCUGCACUCGCGCAGCACACGCGGCCGCGGGCGGCUCCGGCUUCAGCGGCCGCCGCUGCGCCUGCGGCGGCCGUGCCGUCCGCGGGCGUGCAGGGAGGGGCGGCGGCGGCGGCGGCAGCCGCCGGCGCACGCGCGCCGGCGGCAAAGCCCGCGGGACGCACCCCCGACGGCGGUGGCGGCCCCACGGCCCCUGAGCCCCAGCGCUUCAACGCAACGGCGCUGGCGGAAGCUUCCGGGCUGCCCCAAGUCACGCCGCCCAACGGCACGCGGCUGAUGGCGGGCUUCCAGGGGCGGCUGCUGGUCGGCGUGCUGCCGCUGUGGCUGUUCCCCAACGGCCACGUGCACUGGGUGCAGCGGCUGCACGAGCUGCCGGGGGCGCCGCGGCCGCUGGUGGUGCGCACGACGCACGUGUUUGGGGGGCUGCCGGCGAAGAGGCACCGGCUGCGUGAGGCGCAGCUGUUUGCUGACGGGCGGGACUACUACUACAGCCCAGAGUCAAAGGCGCCCAAGUACGUGUCCUUUGACAUCCCGCUGUCCCCCGACCUGGCCCCGGGUGACUUUGCCCACCUGCCGCUGGCCAAGAUGAGGGCCUACCACACCAAGGGGCUGCAGCUGCAGCUGGAGCAGUUCUGGCAGGUGCGCAAGGGCCGGCGUCCGCCAGCGCGGGGCGCGAGUUGGCGUGUACGUGUGGGUAUGUGA